AUAACAACAACAAUAAUAAUAAAAAGAGGGUUGGAAGAAACCCUUUGGGCCAUUGAGUCCAAUCCCUUUCUUCCUUUGUGCACCGAAAACACCCCUGACAGAUGUCCACCCAGCCUCAAUGUUAAUAAUAAUAAAAAAGAGGGUUGGAAAAGACCCCUUGGGCCAUUGAGUCCAAUCCCUUUCUGCCUUUGUGCACCGAAAGCACAAGCAAAGCACCCCUGACAGAUGUCCACCCAGCCUCAAUGUUAAUAAUAAUAUGUUCGACUUGUGAUUUUGUGAUAUGAAAUCCAGCAUAUCUAUCUUGUUUGCUGUGUCAUAAUAAAAUAAUAAUGAUGAUGGUUGUAAGAGAAGAAGAGACCCCUUGGGUCAUUUAGCUCAACCCCCUUCUGCCCUUGUGCCGUGGGGGCCGGAUAAAUGGCUUCGAUGGGCCGCAUUCGGCCCCUGGGCCUUAGUUUGGGGACCCCUGUCUCAGAGUGUUGCUUCUUAUUUACUGUUCUGAUUUUUGAGUUUUUUUAAUACUGGUAGCCAGAUUUUGUUCAUUUUCAUGGUUUCCUCCUUUCUGUUGAAGUUGUCCACAUGCUUGUGAAUUUCAAUGGCUUCUCUGUGUAGUCUGACAUGAUAGUUUAUGGAAUAGGAUCAUGACUUUCCAAGUCAGGACUACACAAUCAAACAGGAACACACACUUUCAAGCCAGGAAUAGGACUUUAUUAUCACUUUUUAGAGGCUGCAUGGCCAUCUGUGCGGACAGCUUUGGUUGUGUCCUUGUGCCUGGGAACUACAAGGGCGAUGUUCCUGGGUUAUGCAUGUGUGUUCCUCAUUGCUUUUAUCCUAAAGACACAGGGAAAGUGGAUUACAGGGCAAAAACUUUGUCCUGGCAAGAUAAACAUUGUCAUCCACCCAAAUGGGCAAUUUGGAAUUCCCUGAAUAGACUGAGAAGCGGAGUGGGCAGAUCAAAAGACAACCUGGUAAGAUGGCACUACCUGGAGGAAUCUUCCACCUUGUGUGACUGUGGAGCUGAACAAACAACUCCUCAUAUGUGUGCUUGCCCACAAUGCCCUACCUCAUGCACGGAGGAGGAGUUGUUUAAAGCUACGGACAAUGCGAUUGCUGUUGUCCACUUUUGAUCCAAAACGACUUAGCUGUUUGUGAUUCCUUUAUUUUAUCACUUUUAAACUUAUUUAUUAUGCAAUGCUUUGGACACGAAAUAAAUAAAACGAAGUUUCUAGGAUGCAAGCAAAAUUUAUGGAAUAGGAUCACGACUUUCCAAAUCAGGACUACACAAUCAAACAGGAAGACACACUUUCGUGCCAGGAACAGAACUUUAUUAUGACUUUUUAGAGGCUGCGUGGCCACACGUGCAGACAGGUUUGGUAGUGGACUUGCGCCUGGGAACUACAGGGCGAUGUUCCUGGGUUAUGCAUGUCUGUUCCUGAUCGCUUUUAUCCUAAAGGCAUGGGGAAAGUGGAUUACAGGGCAAAAACUUUGUCCUGGCAAGAGAAACAUCGCCACCCACCCACUGUGGCACACAAAGUUUGGGUCUCAUGGCCCCUGAGUCCACCCUUCAAAGCAGAAGAGCAGAAAAGGGAGAUGCAUGGGGCCACUCUUCCUUGCUUCCAUCCUGCUGGGGGCCCCUCCCUUCCAGGAGCAUCUCCAGGCUGCGGGUUGUUUUCCUUUGAAAAGGUUCCGUUCUUGCCAUGGAGACCGAGGGUUCUGAGAAACCUCAAGUCAGUUGGCGCUGGCAUUGCCUUCCUGAGCACCAAGAUGGGCAGAGAGCACUCCAGACAGCUCCCACUGAGGCCAGCCGGGAGCGAUGCCUCUGCGCCAGAAGUCCCUCCGCGUGCCCCCCGAUGGACGGCCCUGGACUCGUGGUUCAGGAAGGUCAGGACGAGGCGCUCGCUUCGCCGCGUGAGCCCCGAAAACGUAGCUGUUCCUGUGGAUCCUCCAAGUCCUCCGGAGACACAAGGAACGCGCGCGGAGGCGCCCUCUCCCCGGACGCUGAUAAUUGAAGUGAGGCCAGCGUCCAAGUUUCUGGGGAGAGAGAAGCUCCCCUGGGAGGCUAGCAGCCUUCAGGCGGAGCGCAAGAACCAGACCUCAGAGAGUGCAGAGAGCAGCUUCCUCUCGGAGCAAAUCCCGACUUCACCAAAGGACAAACAACCCAUAGAGUUGGGUUCAAAGGAAGUUGGGAUCCCUUCGGAGGUCCUGGAGGAGGGGGCGGCCCGGGCCCUCGAUACAGAGAGUGUCCAUGAGCCCCCUCUGAAGACAUCGACGGACUCCGAAGCGGCAACGCUGGCUGACAUCCCCAGCCUGGAGGAUGAGGUGUGGGACCCUCUCCCCAGUACAAGCAGCUCCGUAGGACCCGGCGAAGAUGAAGAUCUUGCCCUGCACCCGAGGAGAUGGUCCUCCCUGGACCCAGAACAGGCAAAACAACACCUACACCAUCUUUGCCUGCUGGUCUGCAGUUCCUCCUCUGCAGAGGUCACGCAGGCAGUGGAUUACGUGGCCCGAAAACAUCUAAAGAUGGCCACGGACCACUUUCUGGAGUCCGGCGGGAGGGCAUGUGGUGAAUUAGUAAGCGCCGUACUCAAUUCACCAUAUUGUUGCCUGGAAGCGGCGCUGGACCUGUUCCUGGCCAAGGUAAAGGAGGGACCUUGGCUGGCCCAGGAGGGCGAGGAACAGGGCAGCCCUACUUUUGAUGCGGUCACGGCAAGAGCGACGCGGGCCAUCGGCGGGAUCGUCAGACACAUCAGGGACAGCACGCGCCUGGAGGGGUGGUUCCUGGAGCUUCUGCUCGCCUUGGUGACCAACUUCAUCGAGGUCACAAGGCCUGGGUUGGAGGCACCCAGCAGGAACCGGAGCAACAGCUACGUUCCUCCAGAAGAACUGGCGAAUAUCAUCAUCGUGCUGGUGAAGAGGGUGGCACCGAAGUCCUUCAACAGGACCUCCGAGUGGAUGCUAGAAGACGACCCAAGCAUCUGCCCUGAGGGGAUAGCCCUCCAGUUGCGGAGCCUCCUCAAGUCCUCCUCCUCCCUAGUCCAGCACCUGCAUUCCAUCUGGGAGAAAGAAGCGCCGCUGGAGCAUUCGGCCGGCGUGGUGGCCUUCUACGUCCAGCUGCUGAAGAUCGGCCAGCGCCCACACUCGUCGGAGAAGACCUGGGCACUGCUGACGGCCUGGCUUCAACAUCACAGCCUGGCCGUCCAACAUCAGAGCAGGCAGGGCCUUCUCCUGCUCUGCGAGACAUACUGGGAGACCAUGGGCCUUCAGGAACUCCUAGACGGCAUCAUCGGCGGAAUGCAAUCACCGCACACUAACAUCGCCAUGGAGUUCCUGAACCUGGCUGGCCAGCUGGAGCCCCUGCUGCAUAUUGAAGACCGGGCCCUUGCGAAGGUUCACCUAACUGCCACAUGCCGCCGCCUCUUCCACCAUGAGGCGGCCAACAUCCGAACGGCAGCCCUCGAAUGCUUCCGGCAUUUCAUCUGGCGCCCGGGACAUCCUCUUCAGGAGCGUCAAACCAUCAGUGACCUCCUGGUGGUGCUGAUGCAUGUGGAGGAUGAGGAUGAGGAGGUGGCCAAGACUGCGAGGGAGACCCUCAGGGAGGCGGCGGACGUCCUGAAUUGGCACCUGAAGGACAGCGUUCUGGCGGAGGACACCUUCAGCUUGCAGGAGCUGCUGCAUAAGAUCUCCAAGCGCCUGAUCCAUCAUUGCCGCCCCAGGAAAGAGUUGGAGGAACAGGUGUAUGGCUGCCUCCGUAUCUUUAAAAGCCAACGUCCAUCGGCUAGAAAGGUGGCAGCCAUGUUAGUCGGCCACAUUCUGCACAACAACUACAAGAUGUGUGCCGACAGGAACCUCUACACCUACCACACCUGGCUGAUGAACCUCCUUGAAGACCGUGACCCUGAAGUCAGGCGAGUUGGCAGGGAGACUAAGAUCAUCCUUGCCAGGGUCACCGCCCUACACCACCGACAAGGGCUGCGGGCUGCUCUUCGGCGCUUGGCGGCUCCCUGCAGGCGGGAGAGGUACCCCCCAGAGUACGCCAAGAGGCCACCCGCCUGAUGGACUGGAACACCACGAUCCCACGAGCGCCCGCCCGGAACACCUCCGCUCCAGCUGUGCCGCAUCACCAAAGGGAAGUAGCGUUCAGGAGGUGGGAGUCUGCCCAGCCCUGGCCCAGGGAAGCCCUGCCCCCCCCCCCCACACACACACAGAAGCCCCGCUCCCAUUCUGGGCCCCAUUGUCACCCUGGGGCCCUUGGGAGCAGAGCAGAGCAGAGCAGAGCAGAGCAGAGAAGGAAGACCACCCAGGCCCCUCUGCUGUGCUCUGUUCUGUUCUUUUCUGUGUGGGAUUUGGGGGCCUGGAGGGGAGGGGCCACCACCUGCACCCUGGGCCUUCUUCUUCCACCUGGGCUGGGCCCCCGCCUCCUUUGACCUACGCCCCCUCCCUGACCCCUCCCUCUCGGCCUGGGAUGCCACCACCGCCCCCUCCCUCCCUCCCUUCUCCAAGGUGGCAUCCCACCAAGGGCGCUUCUCCCUCCCUCUUGCCCACCCAGAUGUGCUGCCCCUCCUCCCCUCCCUCCUCCUUCCCCCCCAAACAACCCCAUUGCCCCCUCCUCUGUCCCCACCCCAUCCAAAGGGUCAAGGGGAGGGGCAGGGGGUCUCAGCCCCUCCAUCUGUCCAGGCAUCUCGGGAGGCUCAGCUCCAUUUGGGGAAAGGUGGCCAUUUCUCCAUCCAUGGUGCUGUGUCUCCCGAUGGGCUGAGAUCCCCCUUGGGUUCCCCUUGCCCCCCCCCCCCCCGCCUCUCUGCUCACCUGGAUUCACCCGGAAGGAGGCCUGGCUGCUGGGAGCCAAUAAGGAGGAGGAGGAGGGGUGGCGGACUCUAUUGACACCACUCUGCGCUUCUUGCAGGGCCACUCCAGAUGGAUGAAGAAAGGGACAGUGACCUUCGUGGGAACACCGAGGGACACACCAUCAAAGGACCCUGGUCAUCGAGGGACAUGCCAUCAAGGGACCCGGGCCCUGACCUUCGAGGGACCAUGACCACCGAGGGACAGUUGACAUCAAAGGACCCUGGUCAUCGAGGGACGUAACAACAAGGGUGCCGGGCCCUGACCUUCGAGGGACCGUGACCAUCGAGGGACACGUAACAUCCAUGGACCCUGACCUGCAAGAAGAAGACAGAAGACAGGACUUCUUUAUUUGUUUUAUUGUGCAAUUUUAAAAUGUGUAUGUGAUGUUUUUUAAAAUGUGUAUGUACUGUUUUUAAAAUAUAUAUGUGCUGUUUUUUUAAUAUAUUUAUUGUUGUUUUGUGUGGGAGAGGACUCCACUCCCCUGCGAAAGCGCUGCUCUUCCCCUUUGGCUUCUAGGGCUGCCUCCUGUGAAUCCGGGGCUGGCUGUGGAGGGAGGGAGGCCCAGGCCUCUCUUGCAGCGGAGGGUUCCCAAGGCCCUCCUCCCUCCUCUGCAAAUCCAGGACUCACAGCCCAGCGCCGGAGGGGAAGAGUCGCCCUUGAGCAGCUCAGUGAGAGAAACCCCCCACUCUUGGUUUAUUGUCAUUUAAAAUUAUAUCAUUAUAUUAGUUAAUGUAUAAUUAGAAUAAAUGUAAUACUUUAUUUUUAAUUUAGCAUUUUCCAUAUUAUUUAAUGUGUUAUUAGAAUAAAUAUAACCUUUUCCUUUUAAUUUAGCAUUUUCCAUAUUAUUUUAUGUGUAAUUAGAAUAAAUAUAAUCCUUUAUUUUUAAUUUAGAAUUUUCCAUGAAUUCCUUUGGGGAGGGAGACCCAAACUCAGGCCCCAUCAACACUGACCCUUUCAUGCAGGUUGAACUUCAUAUGAGGCUGGGUUUAUACUGCCUUCUAUCCCAGGACCUGAUCCCAGAUUAUCUGCUUAUUGUAUGAGUCUGAGAAAAGCAGAUAGUCUGGGAUCAGAUUCUUGGGUAUAGGCAGUUUAGAUCCAACCUGAGUAUGUUUUGUACAUAUAAUACAGUUCAAACUGCAUGAAAUGACAGUGUAGAUAAGGCUGUCGGCCCCAUCUAAACUGCCAUAUAAUCCUGCUUCAGAAUGCAUAUUAACUGUGUUUCAAAAUGGAUUAUAUGGCAGUUUAGACAGGGCCUAAGAGGAAGAAGUUAGAGAAGAUGACAGUACUACAGCGUAGGGGAGAUCGACACUGUCCUAUUUCACAGGAUCUGAUCCCAGAUUAUCUGCUUUAAACUGGAUUAUAUGAGUCUAUACUGCCAAAUAAUCUGGGAUCAGAUCCUGGGGUAAGGGGCAGUGUGGAAGGGAAUGUAGUUGGUGCAAAUAUAGUCCUGGGCUUACAGUGGGGGAAGGCCCAGGCUUCUCUGGCGGAGGGUCCCCAAGGCCCUCCUCCCUCCACUGCAAAUCCUAGGACUUUCAGCUCAGCGUUGGAGAAGAACUGCCCUUGAACCGAACAAUGAGAGUAUCCCUUAUGCUUUGUUUUUUGUAGUUUACCUUCUAUGAUUGUAUCGUAUAAUGUUGUAGUAUUUAAUAGAAUAAAUGUACUGCUUUAUUUUUAA